UUGAAGAUGAAGCAAACAGUGAGCGUUGUUCUAGUGGUUUUUUUGAUCCUCGGAAGCCAAAAUUGCAUUGCAUUUGCUUAUCUUCUUGAUAACAACUGCGGCAUAUCGAGAUAUGCCUACCGAAUAAGUGGAGGUCAGGAUGCUGAUUUGAUGUCUGCCCCAUGGAUGGCAUAUUUGCAUACGAACCCUAAAUUUAUUUGCGGUGGCUCGCUUAUCAACCAUUGGUUUGUCCUGACAGCUGCACAUUGUUUCAAAGAACCCAACGCUAAAAUAUAUGUUCGGUUGGGAGAGAACGAUUCGAGACAACGAAUUGAUUGCGAUGACUACGACUGUGCGCCGCCGCCUUCAGAAUAUUGGGUAAUGCAAAAGUUUAUCCACCCCUACUAUAAAACAGCCCACUAUUAUGAUAUAGCUCUGAUCAAACUUAACCGGAAUGUUAUAUACUCAGAAAGCAUUCGACCGAUUUGCUUGAUUUUGAAUCCACAAUGGCAGGGAUAUCUGGACACAAUUCGACACUUUAUUAUCUCUGGGUGGGGAGAAACGAAUAACACUGAAGUAAGCGAAAAACUUCAGAUUACAAAGAUUCCUCAGAUUGACCGUUGGACCUGUCGCUCUUAUUAUGGAUACAAUGUCGAUCGAACCCACAUUUGUGCAGGCGAGAGUAAACAUUAUGUGGGCAAGGGCGAUUCUGGAAGUCCACUGGGAAGUAUGGUGAACUAUGGCUACGAUAGGCGUUUCUAUCAAUUCGGCAUCGUAAGCCAUCUUCGAAAGCCUUUCCUAGGCGUCUCAGUAUUUACGAAUAUUUUGAGUUACUCCAAUUGGAUCUAUCAAACCAUUACAAUUAAUACAAGCUAUUCGUAGAAGGGUU